AUGUCAAGUUAUAAAAGAAAAUCAGAUAGAAAAUUGGUAUUUACUGAAGAAAUUUUAAAAGAUGCAAAGGAAAGAAUACGCCGUGGGCAAAGUCAAAGAUCAGUUGCAGAGUCUUUGAAUGUCCCAGAAUCGACUCUUAGAAAAAGACUAAAAGCAGGCACUGUUCCUUGCUCUUUAGGUAGAUUUUCAAAUGUAUUUACUCCUGAAUUAGACAGUAACUUGGCAGAGCACUGCCGACGCUUGGAUUCAUGUUUUUAUGGUCUGACGAAGAAGGAGCUAGGAAGAGUCGCUUAUGAUUUAGCAAAUAAAAACGGUCUUAAUCAUAGAUUUAAUAAUGAUAAAAAGGAAGCUAGCAAGAAAUGGGUCGAAAACUUUGCCAGGCGGCAUAACUUCAGUCUCCGUCAACCUGAAAAAACAAGUUUGGCACGUGCUGCAGGAUUCAAUCGUGUACAAGUGCAACGAUUUUAUGAUAAUUUAAAACAAGUACUUACAACCUUCAAAUUUGUUGGCAGACAAAUUUUCAACAUGGAUGAAACUGGCCUCCAGACAGUGCCAAACAAGUUACCUAAAGUUUAUGCUAAAAAAGGCAAGAAAAUUGUAGGAAAAGUUGUGUCCGCAGAACGUGGACAAACAGUAACGGCUGUUUGCUGUAUGGGUGCUACUGGAAUAUUCGUACCACCUGCAUUAAUUUUUCCUAGAAAGCGGCAAAAACCCGAAUUGAUGGAUGGGGCUCCAGAGGACUCCCUACAGCUUGUAUCCGAUUCUGGUUAUAUGAACUCAGAUCUAUUUAUAAUCUGGCUCAAUCAUUUCAUUAAGAUGGUCAAGCCAUCUAAAGAUGAACCUGCUCUUUUGAUUUUAGAUAAUCAUUCAUCUCAUUUAAGUUUACAGGCUAUUGAAUUAGCUAGGGAUCAUGGAGUUGUUCUUUUGAGCUUAGCACCACACACAAGCCAUCGCAUGCAGAGUUUGGAUACAGGAUUUUUUGGACCAUUAAAAAAAGCUUAUGCAGUUGCAUGUGACAAUUGGCAAGUUUCAAAUCCAGGUCGUACUAUAACUCAAUAUCAAGUUGCUCGACUAUUUGGCACUGCAUACCUUAAGGUUGGUUCAAUUGAUAGAGCUAAGAAAUCAUUCGAAUCUUGUGGCAUCUGGCCUUUUAACGAUCAGAUUUUUUCCGAUGAAGAUUUUGCUCCUGCAAAUGUCACUGACCGUCCCAAUCCAACUGCAGAAACUUCAAGCACAGGCGAAGCCCUUAAUAGUUCAAAUCUAGCUGUUGAAUUGCCACUUACAACUACAGAAACUGUUACCCAAGUUGUCUCGUCACCUAUACCCGUCAAUAUUAAUAUUUCAGCUCCAGAUAUAGCAUUAUCUCAACUCAGAGGAACCGAAACCCUGGAAUCAACUGAUAAUCACCAGGAAGUAAUAACAACACCAGAAAAUGACGAGCCUACACCAUCCAAAUCAUCUUUUCUUAGACCAGAAGACAUCUUACCAUUACCAAAGUCAAACAUUCAGAAAAAAAGAAACAUAAAACGUAAGAAAUCAGAAAUCCUUACCAGUUCUCCUUAUAAAAAUCAAAUAGAAGCAGAACAAAAAGAAAAAGAAGAAAAGGCCAAGAAGACAAAGAAGACAUCAAAUAAAAAUAAAUUUACGACACCAAAUAGACCAACACUGCUGGAAACAAGUACGGGUACAGAAGUUGUUCGAUGCCCCCCUUUGUGCCGAAGUCUACGUAGAACCUCCCGAUGA